AUGCAUGUAAAGUUGUAGCAGUUGAAUUCGAUGCACACCUGUGCAGUCUUCACUUAUAUUUUUGACCUUUUAGCAGAUGGUCUUAUCCAGAGCGACUACAGGAGCAAUUGGGGUUAAGUGCCUUGCUCAAGUGCAAGGACAAAUUUUUGUUUGUUUACCUAGUCCGCUCGGGGAUUCGAACCAGCGAACUUUUGGUUACUGUCCCAAUGGGCUUAACCUCUCGGCUACCUGCCCCCCUUCAUAGGCUUUACAGUAAAAUACUCCCACCCUGACCCCCUGUUGAUCAUUGUAGUGUCUGGUCAUUGACCUUGAGCAGAACUGAGCAGAUGAUGUAAUAGGCAUAGCCAGCAUUUUGAUCUGCAUAUCGUGGCAGAGUUUUAGACACUGGUGUCUGAAUGAUGACUAUUCUGUUUCUGCCCCCAAAAGUUCCGUCUGGCAGUGGUCCAGCUACACGUGACCAAGGUCAAAGCUGACAACCUCUCUAGAGCCCGGGGGCUGAUCAGCGAAGCAGCUGGACAUGGGGCCAAAGUGGUGGUCUUACCUGUGAGUACACCACCCCCUUUACUCUUCUGAAAUGUUUAGUGAUGACGAUGGGCCUGGUUCCUCUCUAGAUCUGAAAUGUUUAGUGAUGACGAUGGGCCUGGUUCCUCUCUAGAUCUGAAAUGUUUAGUGAUGACGAUGGGCCUGUUCCUCUCUAGAUCUGAAGCUUUAGGUUGUGCGAUGAAGCCCUUUUUCACUCUUGAUCUGAAAUAUGUUAUGAUCCAUCAGGGCUGAUUCCUUUUUUUCCCGGAAUUAAUAUUGACUUGUUUUAUUGUUGACUGACUUCUCUUUGUGAUCAUUAGAAAGGUUACUGUGCCAGUUUUCCAUGGUUACUGUGCCAGUUGUUUCCCAUAAUACCAUCCAAACAUGAUUAUAUUUACAUGUAUGUUGUACAUGUUUCCAUGUACAGGAGUGCUUCAACUCCCCCUAUGGGACUGGCUUCUUCCCUGGAGUAUGCAGAGAAGAUCCCUGGAGAAUCCAGCCGGAUUCUGUCAGAGGUAGCCAAGGAGAGCCAGGUGUAUCUGGUGGGGAGGUGAGCGGAACUCUGGACAACUAUGGGACUGUCCCCAUAGCUGGACAACUGUUUGGGACUGUCCCCAUAGCUGGACAAACUGUUGGGACUGUCCCCAUAGCUGGACAACUGUUGGGACUGUCCCCAUAGCUGGGACAACUGUUGGGACUGUCCCCAUAGCUGGACAACUAUUGGGACUUUCCCCAUAGCUGGACAACUGUUGGGACUGUCCCCCAUAGCUGGACAACUAUUGGACUGUCCCCAUAGCUGGACAACUAUUGGGACUUUUCCCCAUAGCUGGACAACUGUUGGGACUGUCCCCCAUAGCUGGACAACUGUUGGGACUGUCCCCAUAGCUGGACAACUGUUGGGACUGUCCCCAUAGCUGGACAAACUAUUGGGACUUUCCCAUAGCUGGACAACUGUUGGGACUGGUCCCCAUAGCCUCUUUAGUCGGCUCUGAUUAGAUGACGUGUUCAUGUGGCUUGGAGAUGUGUUUAAUAUAUGAAGCUGUGUGUACUAUGAGAGGUGUGUUAUUAUGAGAGGUGUGUUAUUAUGAGCGGUUGUGUUAAUAUGAGAGGUGUGGUUAAUAUGAGAGGUGUGUUUACUAUGAGGGUCGUGUUAAUAUGAGAGGUUGUGUUAAUAUGAGAGGUGUGUUAAUAUGAGCUGUGUGUUAAUAUUGAGAGGUGUGUUAAUAUGAGAGGUUGUGUUAAUAUGAGAGGUGUGUUAAUAUGAGAGGUGUGUUAAUAUGAGGUGUGUUAAUAUGAGAGGUGUGUUAAUAUGAGAGGUGUGUUAAUAUGAGAGGUGUGUUAAACAGUGGGCUGUGAUGUGUUAAUGAGAGGUGUGUUAAUAUGAGAGGUGUGUUAAUAUGAGAGGUGUGUUAAUAUGAGCUGUAUGUUCAUAUGAGAGGUGUGUUCAUAUGAGAGGUGUGUUAAUAUGAGCUGGUAUGUUCAUAUGAGAGGUGUGUUCAUAUGAGAGGUGUGUUCAUAUGAGAGGUGUGUUAAUAUGAGAGGUGUGUUAAUAUGAGAGGUGUGUUAAUAUGAGAGGUUGUGUUAAUAUGAGCUGUGUGUUAAUAUGAGAGGUGUGUUAAUAUGAGAGGUGUGUUUAAUAUGAGAGGUGUGUUAAUAUGAGAGGUGUGUUAAUAUGAGAGGUGUGUUAAACAGUGGGCUGUGAUGUGUUGGUGUAUUCAGGCUCCAUCCCUGAGGAGGAUGAUGGAGGGAAGCUGUAUAACACGUGUCCAGUGUUUGGACCUGACGGCAGCCUGGUGCUCAAACACAGGAAGGUGGGAACAGGAACAGGAGCAAGGGACACAUGCAUUACACAUACAUACAGUAUGACUCCAACUUUAUGAGGGGAGAAAUGCUUUGACAGGACACUGGCUGUAUUUGAGUACAUUCUCUGUCUUUAUGUUUACCAUGAUUCCUCUUGAAGAUCCACCUAUUUGACAUCGACGUUCCAGGGAAGAUCCGUUUCCAG